GCCCGCCCCACCGGCCAGUCCCCACGCCCACACUCCCCAGGCUGCCUCAUCUGGCAUUGAUUAUCCUGCUGCUGCUGCUGCUGCGGCUGCUCAGCUCAGCUGCCGUCUCUGUCUCGGAGGACCCCGGCGCCUUUCCCCCCGGCCAUGCUGCCUGCUGCCACAGCCUCCCUCCUGGGGCCCCUCCUCACUGCCUGGGCCCUGCUACCUCUCGCCCAGGGCCAGAACCCCAACUACACCAGACCUGUGUUCCUGUGCGGAGGGGAUGUGACGGGAGAGUCAGGUUACGUGGCAAGCGAGGGCUUCCCCAACCUCUACCCCCCCAAUAAGGAGUGCAUCUGGACAGUAACGGUCCCCGAGGGCCAGACCGUGUCCCUCUCCUUCCGAGUCUUCGAUCUGGAGCUGCCCCCUGCCUGCCGUUACGAUGCUCUGGAGGUCUUUGCCGGGUCUGGAACCUCCGGCCAGCGGCUCGGACGCUUCUGCGGGACCUUCCGGCCCGCGCCCCUCGUGGCGCCCGGCAACCAAGUGACCCUGAGGAUGACGGCGGACGAGGGCACGGGAGGACGGGGCUUCCUGCUCUGGUACAGCGGGCGGGCGGCCUCGGGCACCGAGCACCAGUUUUGCGGGGGGCGGCUGGAGAAAGCCCAGGGAACCCUGACCACGCCCAACUGGCCCGAGUCCGAUUACCCCCCGGGCAUCAGCUGUUCAUGGCACAUCAUCGCGCCCCCAGACCAGGUCAUCGCACUGACCUUCGGGAAGUUUGACCUGGAGUCUGACAGCUACUGCCGUUACGACUCGGUCAGUGUGUUCAACGGGGCCGUGAGUGAUGACGCCAAGAGGCUGGGGAAGUUCUGCGGCGACAAAGUGCCAGGCCCCAUCUCCUCCGAGGGGAACGAGCUCCUGGUCCAGUUCGUCUCAGAUCUCAGCGUCACGGCCGACGGCUUCUCAGCUUCCUACAAGACCCUGCCACGGGGCGCUGCCAAAGAAGGGCCAGCCCAGAGCCCAGGAGAGGACACCCGGCCGGGUCCCCCACUCCUAGGUCCCGGCCCUAAACCAGGGCCUGAGCCCAAAGUCAAGCCACCCACCAAGCCCCAGCUCCCGUCUGUGAAGUCAGAGGCGACACCGGCGGGCCCCCAUGGGCCCAGUGUCACCUGCCCAAAGCAGUGCAGGCGGACAGGCACCUUGCAGAGCAACUUCUGUGCCAGCAACCUGGUGGUGACUGCAACGGUGAAGUCCAUAGUUAAAGGCCCAGGGGAGGGCCUCACCGUCACUGGCAGUCUCAUCAGUUCUUACAAAACUGGAGGGCUGGACCUGUCUUCUGCCUCACUGAAGUUUUAUGUGCCUUGCAAGCAGUGCCACUCCAUGAAGAAAGGAGCCAGUUAUCUGAUGAUGGGCCAGGUUGACCCGAACGGAAGCCCCAUUCUUCCUCCAGAGAGCUUCGUGGUUCUCUACCGGCCCAACCAGGAUCAGAUCCUCACCAACCUAAGCAAGAGGCGGUGCCCCGCCCAGCCUGUGCGGCCUGCUAAGACCCCAGCCAGCUCCAGCCCCUAGACCUCAGGCCCCUUCUCAUCCAAAGAAAUGAUCUCUUCACUGAGGGAAAGAGAUCUCCAUUCCCAUGGUUUAGGGACCCAGCCUGCGGGUUUCUUUUCGUUCAUGUAUUCACUCAGCAGACAUUUGCUGCACAAGAUAAGCCUUUAAGAAUGGAGUCGCCUCAUAUCACUCCUUUACUCAAAACCCUCCCGGAGUUUCCCAUGGGUCUCUGAAUAAAGU